GUGCGCUGUGUCCCUCGGAUAUCACCGAUCAACGGAAAGAGCCGAAGAUAUCGGCUCGGUCAUGCGAUCAGCUGUGUCCAAUCACAGCUGAUCUCAUGGGACAUGUACACUGAUCAUCAGGGCACUGAUGAUCAGUGUGCCCUGAUGAUCAGUGUAGCCCCAGCAGUGCCACCUGUCAGUGUUCAUCAAUGCCAGCUGUCAGUGCUCAUCAAUGCCACCUACCAGUGCCCAUCAGUGCACAUCAAUGCCACAUAUUAGUGCCCAACUGAGCUGCCUUUCAGUGUCACCUUUCAGUGCCAGUCAGUGCCACCUAUCAGUGUGCAUCAGUGCCAGUCAGUGCUGCCUAUCAGUGCCACCUAACAGUGCCAGUCAGUG